AUGAGCGGCAGGGGGCGAGGGGGCCCUCCUUCGAGGGGCGGGGGCUAUGUAUUCAAGGGCGGGCGGGGAGGCCGAGAUGGCGGCAAAUCAGGGCAGACCGCUUAUCAGAGGCAGGGCAACAUGGGGGCCGGGAAGGGCAACAAAAACGGAAACUUUAUCCGCAAAGGGGGCCCCAGCAAAGAGAGGGUGUCAGAAAACGAUGCGCUGGAGGCCAAGUUGGGGUUUGCGGUAUUCAAGGAAGGGGAGCCACGGCUGGGCUGGCUCAUGAAUUUCAGCACUACAACGGUGGAAGACUCGGAGACGGGAAUCAGCAUGAGCGCCAUCAACUGCUAUUUCAUGUGUCAGGAUGGCUCUACAUUCAAGGCGCAGCAGCGGUUUGCGCCCUACUUCUACCUUGGUACAAAGGAAAAGAUGGAGAUGGAGGUCGAGUCGUACCUGCGGCGGCGGUAUGAGGGCCAGAUUGCGGACAUUGUUCGAGUGGAGAAAGAGGACCUCGACCUGAAGAACCACCUUUCAGGCCUGCGGCGGCCCUUCCUGAAACUGACAUUCAACAACGUUCAAGAUCUGAUGGAAGUCAGAAAGGACAUUCAGCCAGUGAUUGACAAGAACAAAGCCAAGCUGGCGGCGGCAGAGGCGUACGAGACGUUUCAGCAGGCGGUUGAUGGGCCGGGCAACGGGACAACUAGACUGGCGGACUUCAUGGAGCACAUCCUGGAGAUGCGCGAGUACGACGUGCCGUACCAUGUGCGGUUCGCAAUAGACAAUGACGUCCGGUCCGGCCAGUGGUACACUGUAAGCGCAGAAGAGGGCCAUGUGCGGCUGACGCGGCGGGCGGACCUGGUGCAAAGAGCGGAGCCGCGCAUCUGCGCGUUCGAUAUUGAGACGACGAAGCUGCCGCUCAAGUUCCCCGACUCGUCGUACGACAGCGUAAUGAUGAUUUCGUACAUGAUUGACGGGCAGGGCUACCUGGUCAUCAACCGAGAGACCGUUGGCUCUGACAUCCGGGAUUUGGAGUACACACCCAAGCCCGAGUUCGAGGGGCCCUUUACAGUGAUCAAUCAGCCGGAUGAGCGCGGGCUGCUGCGGUACUGGUUCGACCACAUGCGGCGGGUGCAGCCCGGGAUCUACGUCACCUACAACGGCGACUUCUUCGACUGGCCAUUCAUCGAGGCGCGCGCCGCCGUGCACGGCAUGAGCAUGCACGACGAGAUUGGCUUCCGGUGCGACGGGAACCAGGGCGAGUGCCGCUCCAAGUUUGCGCUUCACUUGGACGCAUAUGCGUGGGUGAAGCGAGACAGCUACCUCCCGCAGGGGAGCCAGGGCCUCAAGGCUGUGACUAAGGCCAAGCUGGGGUACGACCCCCUGGAGGUGAACCCCGAGGACAUGGUGCGCUUCGCGAUGGAGGACCCCCAGACGAUGGCGUCGUAUUCCGUUUCCGACGCCGUCGCGACGUACUACCUGUACACGACGUACGUGCACCCGUUCAUCUUCUCGCUGGCCACCGUCAUCCCCAUGUCGCCCGACGAGGUGCUGCGCAAGGGCUCCGGCACGCUCUGCGAAAUGCUCCUCAUGGUCGAGGCGUUCCGCGGCAACAUCGUAUGCCCGAACAAGCACACGUCGGAGAAGGAGCGCUUCUACAAGAACAGCCUCCUGGACAGCGAGACGUACAUUGGCGGCCAUGUGGAAUGCCUCGAGAGCGGCGUCUUCCGCUCCGACCUCCCCACGCGCUUCCGCCUCGUGCCCUCAGCGUACCAGGGUCUUAUCGACAACCUGGACCGCGACUUGCGCUUCGCGAUCGAGGAGGAGGCCAAGAUGACGAUGGAUGAGAUCACCAACUACGACGAGAUUAAGCAGGAGAUCCAAACGCAGCUGGAGAACUUGCGCGACGUGCCCAACCGGGAGGAGCGCCCGGUGAUCUACCAUCUGGACGUGGCGGCCAUGUACCCCAACAUCAUCCUCACUAACCGACUGCAGCCGCCGUCGAUCGUGACGGAGGACGUGUGCGCGGGGUGCGACUUCAACCGGCCCGACAAGACGUGCCUGCGCCAGAUGGAGUGGACCUGGCGCGGGGAGCACUUUAUGGCCAGCCGCAGCGAGUACUACCAGGUCAAGAACCAGAUCGAGUCGGAGCAGUUCCCGGCCGCGUACGAGGGCGGGCCGGCGGUCUUCUUUAAGGACCUGGACCCAGAGCAGCAGGCGCUGAAACUCAAGGCGCGGCUCAAGUCGUACACGCAAAAAGUGUACCGGAAGGUGUUGGACAAGCCGGUGAUGGAGCAGCGCACGGCGUCCGUGUGCAUGCGGGAGAACCCCUUCUACGUGGACACCGUCAAAAGUUUCCGCGACCGGCGGUACGAGUACAAGGCGCUGAACAAGAUGUGGAAGGCGCGGCUGAACGCGGCGCGCGGCCGCGGCAACCCGAUCGAGAUCCAGGAGGCGGACGACAUGUGCGUCGUGUACGACUCGCUGCAGCUCGCGCACAAGUGCAUCCUCAACUCCUUCUACGGCUACGUCAUGCGCAAGGGCGCCCGGUGGUACUCGAUGGAGAUGGCGGGCGUGGUGACGUACACGGGCGCCAAGAUCAUCCAGGCCGCGCGCGUGCUCGUGGAGCAGAUCGGGAAGCCGCUGGAACUAGACACGGACGGCAUCUGGUGCGCGCUGCCCGCGUCAUUCCCGGAGAACUUCGCCUUCACCACCAUCCACGGCAAGCGCAAAAUGACCAUUUCCUACCCGUGCGUCAUGCUCAACGUGGAUGUCUUCGUCAACAACACCAACAACCAGUACCAGACGCUCAAGGACCCCAUCAAGCGCACCUACACGACCAGCAGCGAGUGCUCGAUCUCCUUCGAAGUCGACGGCCCGUACAAGGCCAUGAUCCUACCCGCCUCCAAGGAAGAAGGGGUCCUCAUCAAGAAGCGGUACGCCGUUUUCAACGACGACGGAACGUUAGCGGAGCUCAAGGGGUUCGAGGUGAAGCGGCGCGGCGAGCUGAAGCUGAUCAAGGUGUUCCAGAGCGAGGUGUUCGAGAAUUUCCUGGAGGGCGACAGCCUGGAGGACUGCUACAGCGCGGUCGCCGCCGUCGCCAACCGCUGGCUCGACAUGCUCGACAACCGCGGCGUGGACCUGACGGACGAGGAGCUGCUAGAGUACAUUUCGGAGCAGACGACCAUGUCCAAAUCGCUCGCGGACUACGGGGAGCAGAAGUCGUGCGCGACGACCACCGCUCGGCGGCUCGCGGACUUUUUGGGCACGGAGAUGGUCAAGGACAAGGGUUUGCUGUGCCGCUACAUUGUCGCACGCUCGCCCGAGGGCGCGCCCGUCAGCGAGCGCGCGAUCCCGGUGGCCAUCUUUGAGACGGACGCGGACGUGCAGCGAAGUUACUUGCGGCGGUGGUGCAAGGAGGGCGGUGAUCUGAGCAUCCGUACAAUCGUUGAUUGGGCCUAUUACAAGAUGCGCCUCGGGAGCGCUGUCCAGAAGAUCAUUACCAUCCCGGCAGCCAUGCAAAAGGUGGCCAACCCGGUCCCUCGGGUGGCGCACCCCGAGUGGCUGUACAAGAAGCUGCGCGACAAGAACGACAAGUACCAGCAACGCAGCCUCAAGGACAUGUUCUCCAAACCACCCCCCCAGACCGAGAAGCGCGUCUCGCACCCGGGAACGCAGGGCAGGCCGCCUCGGGUCGCCCCGGUUGAUCCCUCCGGCUUGGACGAAAUGAUCGAAGAAGGGGGGGAGGGGGAGAUGGAGGCAGGCCCAGCAGAGGGAUUGGGGGGUGAUCUGGAGGACUUCGGCGGCCCCCCUGCGAGCAAGAAAGCCAAGGUUGCGACGGUACGGAGGAAGAGCAGGGGGGCGGGAGAGGAGAACGAGGAUGGCGGGAAUCCCCGGGUAGAAAGGGACGGCGGCGCGGAGGCGGAGCCGAGCAGGGGGCGCGGAAUGGCGGGGAAAGCGCCCCCCCGGGAGAGGAGCCCGACGCCCGACCGGGACGAGGACUACGCGGCGUGGCUGGAGCACAAGAAGCGGAAGUGGAAAAGUGCGCGCGCGGGAAAGAAGAAGCGGAGGCUCGAGGAGCAAAAAGAGGCGGAAAGGGCCGCUCGGGACGCGGGCCGGGGAGGGAACCGGGGGACGGCGCCGGCGGCUAAAAAGAAGCAGCCGGGGCUCGGGGCGGGGCUCGGGGCGUUCGUGCGGCAAGCGGAUGACGUCACCCGGCUGACGUGGCAGAUCCUGCAGCUAGCCCCCGGGCGGCGGCCGGGGGAGUUCACCGCGUGGAUCAUCGCGGGGGGCCGGAUGCUGUCCGUUCCGGUGACCGUUCCGCGGCGGUUCUACCUCAACAAGCGGACGCCGGAAGAGGGGGCGGACGCGGUCGGGGUGCGCGUGAGCCGGACGCUGCCGCACGCGCGCCCGGUUUACAACUUGCUCCAAAUCGAGGUGCCGGAGGAUUAUUUCCACGUGUCAGCGCGCAUGCUGGCCACGCACCUGUCCGAUCCGGACGUGGAGGGAGUGUAUGAGACACGUGUCCCGCUUUCAUUGAAUGCGGUGCUGCAGUUGGGCUGCGUUGCGACGGUUGAGCCGGCUGCACGCGGGAAGAGAAUGACGGACGGAUUUGGGUUGGCGGAUCUGCGGCCGAAGAGCGCCGCCGAGGCGGUGUAUCUGGACGCCAGCAAGACGAGUCUGUCGUACGUGUAUCUGUACCACAGUCAAGCGGACAACCGGGGCCUGCUGUGCUUGCACCUGCCCGACUCCGGCAAGGGCCUUGUCGUGGUGGUGAACCCGUUCGCCAACCGUGAAGUCUCGGUCACCAGCAUGCGCCGCCACUUCGACGAGGCCUUCCGGGAAAACCUGGAGGACCGCGGCGAGGAGGGAGCACCGCCGGAGAUCGCAUUCAAGGUGGAGUACGUGCGGACGCUGGCCGACGCCGGGCGGGCCCUCCAGUCGGCGCUGCUGGACUACCGGGACCAGAACCGGGGGCCCAUGGUCGCCGUCGUGGAGAGCCUGGACGUGACGUCACUGCUGACACACGUGCAGGCGCUGAACAAGCUGCCGCGGAUCGGCAUGCCGCCGAACGCGGCGGACAGCCAGUAUCAGGCGCUCGGGUGGCAGCCCGCGGCCGCGCGGCUGGCGGCGAUGCGCACGGCGGCCGCGGAGCUGUGGCUGAAAGCGCGCGUGGAUAUGGCGCGCUACGUGCACGUGCCGCUGGGGAACAUCGCCGCCGAGGACUGGGUCCUCUUCUGCAUGGACGCCUUCUACGCGCGCGCGCUCCGCGAGCACGACAUGUUGCUGUGGACGUCCGACGCGGGCGUGCCUGACCUGGGCGGGGUCGCCGAGGAGGAGGAGGCCAGCUUCGCGGACGAGGUGCAGCAACCGGAGCUCAAGUUCCCGGGGGCCUACCGCAGCAUCACCAUCGAGAUCAACAUCCACAACCUGGCCGUUAGCGCGCUGAUCAAGGCGGGCGCGAUCAACGAACUAGAGGGGGGGUCUUUGCUGGGCUUGGAUGCGCUGCAGCCGGACGCGCCGGAAAUGCCGAUGGGCGCGCGGACGUCCUACGACGACAGCGCCAUCGCGGGGGCGGCCUUCAAGGUGCUCAAGCAGGUUGUGUCCCGCUGGCUGUCCGACGCGCUGAAGUACCAGAACUUCUACGCGGACCAGUUGUUACAGAACGUGUACCGCUGGCUGUGCAGCCCGCAGUCCACGCUGCACGACCCCGCGCUACACCGCCUCCUGCACAAGGUGAUGCACAAACUGUUCGCGCUUCUGAUCUCGGACGUCCGCAAGCUGGGCGCGCAGAUCGUGUUUGCGGACUUCUCGCGCGUCAUCGUCGCCACGGGGAAGACCUCCCUGAUCGCUGCGCAGGGCUACUGCGAAUACCUACUGGCGGCACUCAAGAAGCGGGACCUCUUCGAGUACCUGGCUUUCGACCCCUGCCGCUACUGGUACUCGCUGCUUUUCAUGGACAAGUACAACUACGGCGGGUUAGUCGUAACCGAGUCUAACCAAACGGGGGAUCCCCCUGAGAGCGGCCACCUUGAGGAGGAAGACGAUGCGGGGCCCGCAGAAGGGAAGGCCGAGAUUCUGAUGGACUGGAAUGUCGCCGAAUUCCUGCCGGAAAAGCUAAAGGACUACUUCUACCUGCACGUGUCAGAGUUCAUCUUCCGGCCUUGGAAGCACGCACAGGAGACGGAGCGCGAGCGCGCCCGUCUGCGCGCGGAAGCCACCAACCCAACCCCCUCCGUCAGCAUCCUGGCUUCCGCGGACUCCACCGAGGAGGAGAACGCGUACGUCCGGCAACAGGUGUCCGCCUACUUCACCGACAAGCUGCUGCGCAUCGUGCGCGACAUCCAGCGCCACGUGGCCAGCAGAUCGGCGGCGGAGGACGACGACGAUGACGUCAGCGCGGCGACGCGCAAGUUCCCGGAGCUGGCGGGGUCGCACCUGGAGCUGGGCAGCCCCGCGCUCGAGUUCGUCAAGACCGUCUGCGCGGUCAUGCUGCUCGACAAGGCCGCGGAGCAGAGCGUCAUGCUGAUGCGCAAGAACCUGCUCCGCCUGGUCCACGUGCGCGAGUUCUCGCCGGAGGCCGCAUUCCGCGACCCGUGCCUCAGCUUCACUCUCCCCAACGUCAUCUGCUCCUACUGCAACGACUGCCGCGACCUGGACCUCUGCCGCGACCCCCUCCUGCUGCGCCGAGAGUGGCGCUGCGCGGCGCCCGCGUGCGCGCACCCGUACGACCGGCAGUGGGUCGAGAACGCGCUGCUGCAGAUCGUGCGCCAGCGCUCGCGCAUGUUCCAGCUGCAGGACCUCAAGUGCCGCAAGUGCCGCCAGGUCAAGUCGGCCCAUCUGACGGACCAGUGCCGGUGUGCCGGCUCCUUCAUCUCCACCGAGUCCCCGUCCACCUUCCGGCAGCGGAUGCGUGUCUUCCACAACAUUGCAAAAUAUCACGGGUUUGAGCUUCUGCAAGAGUGCGUCGACUGGUUGCUGGAGACGACCCCGAAGAACUGAGAAACGAAGCGAUUCUCUUUCCCUGCUUGACGAAAAAUGUCCGCUGCUAAGCAUACUUAAGUUUCUUACGACAAAAAUGGGACCGGACAUCGUUGGCCCCGGUAUGCUGCAGGUCCAUCUGCAGAUUGUGUGAAAUGCUUUUGUGCCGAAUAAUAGGCUCGUGCAAUUUGUGUACGGACGAUUUCAAGAUUGACAAGGUGAUGGAUG